AUGGAUAGCAGGCAUAUUAAUGAUGGAACUGAAGUAUACAAAUCCAAGAACCUAGUAGCCGAGAGGAGGCGGCGCCAGAAACUCAGUGAUAGACUCUUAGAGCUGCGCGCAUUAGUCCCAAUCAUAACAAAUAUGAAUAAGGCAACGAUUAUUAUCGAUGCAAUCAGUUACAUUCAGGAGCUGCAGAAGUGUGUAAGAGAUCUUAGUGACGAAAUCCACGAAAUGGAGGCAAUUUGUGAAGAGGAGUCAAAGACACAGAGUGAAGAAAUUGAUGCCGCGGAAGAGAUGAAGAAAUGGGGGAUAGAGACUGAAUUUACAGUGACUCAUAUUGAUGACAAUAAGAUAUGGAUGAAGAUAGUGUUUCAAAAGAAAAGAGGUGGCUUCACUAAAUUGAUGAACGCCAUGAGUGUCCUUGGCUUCGAGUUCAUUGAUACCAGUGUUACUACCUCCAAGGGAGCAAUCCUAGUUACUUCCUGUUUAGAGGGAAUGCAUGGAAGAAUGCAUGAAGUUGACCAACUCAGAGAGCUGUUGCCAGAUAUCAUUAGAAGCAUAUACGGAGAUACUGAUCAUACAUAUAUGGAUCCAUCACAAAUUCUAUAA